GGGCUCUUGUUUUAGGCAUCUUCAAAGGAAGCUCUGACAUCUGAGCAUUGGAUUUGUAGAUGCAGGGGUCUCGCAACUCGAGGACCGUUGGUGGGAAUUGAGUGUUCAAGAAAAUCCUCGCAAAUUCAUGCUCCGUUCAGCACUUGAUUUCUGAAGGCAACAAGGUCGUCAUCUAGUUUUGAAAAGCUUCAUCGUUAGGCAUCCAUUAUUUGGUUCCAUAGAUAUAGAAGUCGUGCUUACCAUCGAGACCGACACCCAGUGGCUCCAUUUCCCGCGAGUUACACGUCACUGCAACCACCUCCUGAACAACUCAGCCUCCCACCUGCUCCAUCACAGCUUUACGACGGAGAGGCACUCGGCCGGCCUGCGACUGCCAAAAUGGCAACCAACAAUAUGCAUAACCUAACUACGCUCAUCAAGCGGUACGCUCCACCCAAGACCUUCUCAUCGCUAUAUCCCAGCCCUUAGACUUUACCUCGAUCCCAUACAUGCGCGCCGCAAUGCCCGUCGUUCUACGGUCCCAAGGAUGUGAAGAGUGGUUCGCUAAAAUAAAUGCCAGGCUGGAAGCUGCUACGACUCGAUUGGAAGACAUCGCCUCGUCAACCAUCGAGCUCCCCCAAGCCGUGCCCGUUCUGGCGCAAACCAUUGCUUCGGCCUCAACCUCAGGCAGCCCAGCACCGCCCCCACCCGUCUCAGCUCCGGAACCGCCCACGCCGCAGCCGAUACCCCAGGAGGACCUCCCCGAAUCAAUUGAGAGGUUCGACGAAUUUAUAGAGCAAUCGGUCGUCAAAUAUGUCAAGGCAAGCAACAAGCUGGGCGGCCUGGUUGCCGAGCAGGCCGUCAAGGUGCUCGAGGGCUUCAAGCAGCAACGCAGGUUCUUGCUUAUUUCCACCAAAGCCAAGAAGCCCAACCUGGCGGGCGCCGAGAUGGCUACUUAUCAGGACCUACUCAAGCCCAUCAACGAAGCACUCAUGGCCGUGAAUAACAUCAAGGAGUCGAAUCGCGGAUCGCCUGUGUUUGGUCAGUUGAGUGCCGUCGCCGAGGGAAUCAUGGUUCUCGCGUGGGUUACGGUGGACAACCGCCCGUACAAGCAUGUUGAGGAGUCGCUCGGCUCGGCGCAAUUCUUCGGCAACAGAGUGCUGAAGGAGCACAAGGACAAGGACCCCGAUACGGUUGAUUGGAUCAAGGCUUUCUACCAGGUUUUCCAAGACCUCACACAGUACGUGAAGGAAGAGUUCCCGAGCGGCAUUCCCUGGAAUCCCAAGGGUGAGCCUGCUGCGGCGGUGGCAAAAACGGUAGCGGCGUCAGGUGCUGCAGCUCUACCACCACCAGCACUUCCUGCUGCUGGAGGCGCGCCGCCUCCACCUCCGCCUCCGGGCCCGCCGCCGGUCCUUCAGAUCAAGGAACAGAAGGAAGAGACUACUUCCACAUCUGGCUUAGGCUCGGUAUUCAGUGAGUUGAACAAGGGAGCCGACGUGACGAAGGGAUUGCGGAAAGUGGACAGGUCCCAGAUGACACAUAAGAACCCCUCUCUACGAGCUUCGUCUACCGUUCCAGAUCACGACGGCUCGGCUCGUGGCAAGAGCCCGGCUCCCGGAAAGAAGCCCAAGCCCGAAAGCAUGCGGAUUAAGAAGCCGCCGAAGAAGGAACUGGAUGGCAAUAAAUGGACAAUUGAAAAUUACGAAAAGCACGCUGAACCCAUUGAAAUUGAAGCCACCAUUUCACAAUCGAUCCUCAUCUCCAAAUGCAAUCAUACGACCAUCAUCAUCAAGGGCAAGGCUAACGCGGUGACAAUCGAGAACACGCAGCGCCUGUCUCUUGUCGUCGAUAGCCUUGUUUCCACCGUUGACGUGGUCAAAUCCGCCAACUUCGCCCUCCAGAUCAUGGGCGCUGUCCCGACCAUUAUGCUGGACCAACUCGACGGCGCUACCGUGUACCUGAGCAAGGAGAGCAUGGCAACGCGUCUCUACUCCAGCAAGAGCGCCGGCAUCAACCUCAACGUCAUCGCGAACGGCGACGAGGAUUACAAGGAGUUGCCGCUACCGGGCCAGUUCUGCACUUACUUUGACGAGAAGAAGGGCGAGCUGGUCAACGAGAUUGUUGAGCACGCAGGCUGAACCACUUCUCAAUCUCAACUAGACUCUUAGGUGCUGAAUUGUACGUCAUGUGCAGCGCUUGUGGAACUUGGGCGAAGAAUUCGGAGGGUUGGAUCAAGUACGUUACGUGUAGAACCAACAGGAGUAGGGGCUAGGUUGGGGAUGGGAGGUUGCUUGUAGGUUCAGGAGGCCAGCAUAGCAGCGCUUUCGCGCCGGACUUGACUUUUUUACUCUUCAACUCAUCAACACCACCAUUGUAUUGUGUAGACAGCAUUUACAAUAUCGCAUUCCUACCCCACUCAGUCUAAUUUUGCUAGAUUGAAAUUCAAGAGUGAUACAAGUAACCAAUUGACCAUGCGUGGACUUGUCGAGGUUUCUUUUAUUGAGUUUUAUGCAGCUAGUUGGUCUAACUUAUUCCCGCCAACUCC